ACACAGCGGAAACAGUGAUAUUAUCCUUAUAUUUAUAAUGUGGAGUUUAUCGGUCACUGUUCUUUUGACACUGCAACGGUCAGUUUGGUCAGCUUAUCCUUUCACUUUUUCAGAACGGGAAUGCAGGGACCUGUUCCCGGAAAGAAUCGGAAAAGAUUCAUUAACUGCUGGUAGUAACGAUCAUCAUGAUGAACCCUUUACGAUUGAACCGUCUGAAACCAUACAUGGAUUUAACUUCGGAAGCACUCAAGUUCUUGUAAAGGCAAACAGUAAAUGGCGAAUCCAAGGAAUAAUAAUGCAGGCACGGAUAGUCGGCAACUGCAAAAACCCGAAGCAGCAACAUCCGGUUGGACAUUUUGAGGUCUCCGAGAACCACAAAUUCCUGAGGGCAGCGAACUGCUCAGGCAAUCCAUUUAAAACUGUUACCCAUAGAAAAUACCCAAUAAAUACAGAUUCUAUUGUCAUCCGAUGGUUUCCACCAGAAGAUGUUAAGGCGGAGGUGUAUUUUGUAGCAACAAUUGUGUCAGGGAAAAAUGACUUUUGGACGGGUAUUGUGAGUCAUACCAUCAGACACAAGGACAAACCCUUCACCCCCGGGCAUCCUCAAUGUCCUAUGCGCAGCAAGUACACCACCUCUGCAACGCCGCGACCAUCGCCCCAGGGAAGCACGGGGAAAAUUCUUCACCCAAACAUUCUAUUGAUCUGCACCCUCUUGACCGCCAUUCUUUGGACUAUGUAUCAUAACUGACAACUGUGAACUUAUUCAAGUUUUUUUAUGUACAU